UGUUAGACUUCCGUGGGCAUGGCUGCCGUCUCUUACAAAGUGCUUGCUUUCAGUUUUUUUUGGUUUUUAUUAUUUCACAUGAAUAAUAACAUGUCAGAGCAAAUGCAGCAUUGCAAGUCAAAGACUUAGGUACGAUCGAGGAUUUCUAGAAGACGAGACUAGAAUUAGGGGGCCGCCGGUGGCUGCUUUGUUCAAAUUCCUGUCUUUGCCUCCAGGCACCUCAAAGUUGUGCAAACAUUAAGGUUGCCUUGGCUUGUGUGCUUAAUACAACCGAGUCAAUAUGAUGCGAAGAUGGUAUGGUGGCAAACAUGGACAAGAUCAUGAUGAAAAGCCAUCGAAGAUAAAUGAGCUUAGAGCUGCCAUUGGGCCUCUGUCUGGCCGUGCAUUGCAAUUUUGUUCUGAGGCGUGCUUGAGGCGGUAUUUGGAAGCUCGUAAUUGGAAUGUCCUUAAAGCAAAGAAGAUGUUAGAAGAGACACUGAGAUGGCGGGCAGAAUACAAGCCUGAGGAAAUUCGCUGGGAUGAAAUUGCUGUAGAGGGUGAAACUGGGAAGGUGUAUAGGGCAGAUUUUCUUGACAAACAUGGAAGAACUGUUGUUGUGAUGACCCCUGCAAAACAGAACACUACAUCUCAAGAUAAUCAAUUGCGACAUCUUGUUUAUCUCAUUGAAAAUGCCAUCGUCAAUUUACCUCCUGAUCAGGAGCAGAUGGUUUGGCUAAUAGACUUCACUGGUUGGUCCUUAUCAAAUUCUGUGCCAAUUAGAACAGCUCGUGAAACUACAAAUAUUUUACAAAACCAUUAUCCUGAAAGGCUUGCGUUGGCAAUUCUAUACAACCCUCCAAGAGUUUUUGAAGCCUUUUGGAAGAUUGUCAAAUAUUUUCUUGAUCCAAAGACAUUUGAGAAAGUCAAGUUCAUUUACCCAAAGAACGAUGAAAGUGCUAGAAUUAUGCAGCAAAAUUUUGAUCUGGAUAAGCUUCAGAAGAUAUUUGGAGGAAAUAGCAACUCUCAAUAUGACCAUGAAGAAUUCUCUAAGCUCAUGAGACAAGAUGACAUAAAGACUGCCCAGUAUUGGAUGCCAGAUAGCAAGCCCAAUGAGUUGAAUGGCAAUCAAGCUUCACAACCAGAUAUUACAGCUGAUGCCAAUGCCUAAGAAGUAUUAUGAACAGCUGACUGUUCAACUUGACAGUAAAAUUGACGAAUUAGAGAUCAGGGCUAUCUUUUUUCCAGCUGCCAUCUUAUGGUGAGAGUAUAUAGUUUGGCCAUUUUAAGAUGUCUUUGCAUCUUGGUGGAUGGAAAUUAUUAAAAUUAAAAACAAUCAAAUUCGUGAAAUGAGGAAAUUUAUUCCAAUUUUUCAUACCCGUAAAGGUAAAACAGUACAAAUUCCAUAAGGGAGUCUUAACACAAAACCCAUGACUUUUACAUAAGGAAUUUUAGCAGUUGUAUUUAUAAAUUUCUUGAUUUUCAAUUCAGGCAUAUUAAAAAUAGUUGAAGUUGAGUUAUAGCA